AUGAGUUUGAUACUUGUUGUGUGUAUGAGGGAUGGACUAGUGUAUGUGACAUGUUAUGUGAGGAAUGUUGUGUGUAGUAGUGUGCUAAGAUAUGAGUUAGAUGGCUCAUGCCAUGGAUGCUAUGGCGACAGCUAUGAGGCAGAGCCUCAAUUUUAUGCAGCAGCAAGCUGCGAAUUAGGCGGCUACUAUUGCCCAAGCAACCACUACUGCCGCCACAAUGCCACCACCUGA